AUGGCAGGAAAAGGAAAGAAGUUGCAACCGAAAUUUGUAGGACUUUAUAAGAUUCUUGAACGUGUGGGAAACGUGGCCUAUAAGUUGGAAUUGCCACCAAGUCUGCCUCGAAUUCAUAAUAUUUAUCACGUGUCUAUACUCAAGAAGUACCAUCCAGAUCCCUCUCAUGUACUGCAACCAAAAAAUAUUGAAAUUGACGAGGCAUUGGCGUAUGAGGAGAAACCGGUGAAGCUUUUGGAUCGUAAGGUGAAGGAACUAAGGAAUAAGCGAAUUCCUCUGGUAAAAGUCCUAUGGAGGAAUCACGAAAUAGAGGAAGCAACUUGGGAAGUAGAAGAGGAGAUUCGAAAGAAAUAUCCAGAUCUAUUUCUGAAUCAAGGUAUUCAAGCGAGUUUUGAAGAAAAUCUCGGAGGGGACAACUAA